UCUUCAUAAAGUACGCAUCAUAUCAUUUAAAUUCGUCGCAAUAUUCUUUUUCGUUAUUAAUAAAUCAAAAAUUAAAAAAAAAAUUAUAAAUUACUAAACAAAUAAUACUAAAAAUAAAUAAUAAAAAUAUAAAAAAAUAGUUAAAUAAGUACAGAAUAUAUCUAUUAAAAAUUAAAAAAAAGAAAUAUAUAUAUACAUAUAAAGCAAAAAAUGGGUUUACAAAAGAUUUUCAUGACAUUGUUAUUCAUUGGGGUGUUGAAUUUUGAAUUUAACAAUGGAUACAGAAUUCUUGGAAUUUUCCCAUUUCAGGGAACAAGUCAUUUUGUUAUGUUUGAAAAAAUCAUGAAAGAAUUGGCAAGAAAAGGUCAUCAAGUUGAUGUUAUUAGUCAUUUUCCUUUAAAAGUGCCACAAGAAAAUUAUCAUGAUUUUAGUAUUAAAGGAAGUGCUCCAGAAACAAAAAAUAAUGUCACAUUUGAAGUGAUUGAAAAUAUAUCGAAAUUUUUUGAUAUAAGAGAUUUUUUACAAUUGGAAAUGAAUGGACUUUGUGAUAUUAUGGGACAUUCAGUGAUGCAAGAUUUUAUUAAUGGACCACAUAAAAAUAUAUCCUAUGAUCUUAUUAUAAUCGAGAUAUUUAUGAAUCCUUGCUUUUUGGCAUUUGGUCAUCAUUAUAAAAUUCCAAUGAUUGGAGUGACAAGCAGUAUUCUUUAUGAAUGGAUGAAUGAACCAUUUGGAAAUCCAGCAAGUCCUUCAUUAAUUUUUAAUUCGGAAAAAAAUUCUUUUAUUUCAAAUUUUUAUAAAAGAUUAAUUAAUACAGUUAACAAUUUUCGUGGGAAAUUAUUGUUCAAUUAUUAUUCACAAGAACAAAAUAAAUAUGUGAGAAAAUAUUUUGGUGAUAAUUUUCCAACUAUUAAUGAACUACAAAAAAAAGUGGCUCUAGUUUUGGUGAAUUCACAUCAUAGUUUGACGGGUGUCAAACCAUUGACAACAUCUGUUAUUGAAGUUGGAGGAUUACAUAUUCAAAAAAAUGAGGAAAACCUAUCUGAAGAUAUUAAAAAAUGGCUCGAUGAUAGUACAAAUGGAUGCAUUUACAUAAGUUUUGGAUCAAUGGUUCUUUUUGAAACAUUUCCAAUGUAUUUACAAGACGCUUUUUACACAGCAUUUCAAAAUUUACCACAUUUACGAUUUUUAAUAAAAAUCAAAAAUAUUAGUGAUUUACCGACAAAACUUCCGGACAAUGUUAAAAGUUUCUCUUGGAUUUCACAGUUACAAGUGUUUAAGCACAAAAAUGUCAAGAUAUUUGUAACACAUGGAGGAAUGAUGGGUGCAUUAGAAUCAAUUAUGAAUGCAAUACCAAUUAUUGGAAUGCCAUUGUUUGCUGAUCAAUCAUUGAAUCUCGAAAAUUUGGUACAAAGGAAUAUUGCCAUUUCGUUAAAUUGGAAAACUGUUAAUGGUGAACAACUUACAAGUGCCAUUUCUCGUAUAUUAAAUAAUUCUAUGUACAGAAAAAAUGUUAUGAAAUUAUCUAAAUUAUACAUGGAUCGACCGUUAAGUCCUUUGGAGACAGCAAUUUUUUGGAUUGAAUAUAUUGGAAGAAAUGGAAAUAUCCUUCAAUCACCAGCAAUAAAAUUGAAAUGGUGGCAGGUGGAACUUUUGGAUGUUUAUGGAUUUUUGUUAUUGGCUAUUUUUCUUAUUUUUUAUAUUAUUUAUUUUAUUGCAUUAAAAUUAUCAAAAUUAUUCCCUCCUUUUAAAUACGGGCAAAAAUUAAUGUCAAAAAAGAAACAGUAAAACUGAUCGAUUUGAAUAUUAAAAAAAAAAAUUUUUAAUUUAACUGUAAAUAAAAAAUUGUUUUUAAUUUUAAUUUCUAUUAUUAUUUUAAAAUAAAUAAAUGUAAUAUUUUUGAAAUUUUUUUUUUAUAAAAUAAAACAGUCUACGAUUUUAUAUAUAUCUAUUACGACCUUGAA